ACCUUCGUUGCUUGAAAUCUCUCUCUCUCUCUCUCUCUCUCUCUCUCUAAGUUCUGUACCUGAAACGUUUGGUUCUUCUUGUUUUUGUUUUUAUUUUUGCUGUUUGUUUUUAGUUCUUAUUCUGCUUGCAAAUUUCAGUACUUCAUGCUUCCUGUCCAAUCAGCUUUUCUUGGUUGGAUUGUAGUAUGGCAUCCGUGAGCUUCCGGUGGAUAAUGGUGCUCUUCUUUUGAAAUGUGUUUACUUAGAUUAUAGUAAAUUGACGACAUAUAGCUCUUGUGGAAAUUUGGUGGCUCAUUUCUUAGAUCUGCUGGUUCAUUUCUUUGUUGUUCUUGGAACUGAUCCUGUGUUGGUGCUGUCUGCGACGAUAUUGUUGAACUCCCUCAGUAGUCACUAUGUUUCAUUGGAGGCAGUCUCAGAAUCACCAAGAGAAUGAUUCUUCCCAAAAAGAUGCAAAGGUCCAUGAACUCAAGGCUGCUGUUGGUCCACUCUCUGGACGUAGUUUGCAGUUCUGCACUGAUGCUUGUCUGAGAAGAUAUUUGGAAGCUAGCAACUGGAAUGUUGAUAAAUCAAAGAAAAUGCUGCAAGAGACACUAAAGUGGAGGUCAACUUAUAAGCCUGAGGAAACACGUUGGGAUGAAGUAGCCCAUGAAGGUGAGACUGGCAAAGUGUCCAGAGCAGACUUUCACGAUCGACUUGGGAGAACGGUCCUUAUAAUGAGGCCAGGGAUGCAGAAUACUACAUCAGCAGAAAAUAAUAUCCGCCAUUUGGUGUAUCUUAUAGAGAAUGCUGUUCUUAAUCUUCCCGAGGGCCAGGAACAAAUGUCAUGGUUAAUAGACUUCACCGGAUGGUCACUAAGCACCAAUGUCUCAGUCAAAACAGCCCGUGAUAUCACUAACAUUUUACAGAAUCAUUACCCAGAGAGGCUUGCCAUAGCAUUUCUGUAUAAUCCACCAAGAAUAUUUGAAGCCUUUUGGAAGAUUGUCAAAUACUUUCUGGAUACAAAAACAUUUCAGAAGGUGAAAUUUGUUUACCCAAAGAACAAAGAUAGUGUGGAGCUCAUGAGGUCACUAUUUGAUGUUGAAAACCUCCCAAGUGAGUUUGGGGGAAAUGCUACAUUGAAAUAUGACCACGAGGAAUUCUCUAAAUUGAUGGCCCAAGACGACGUGAAAACUGCUAGCUUCUGGGGUUUCGAAGGGAAGCCCUGCUAUGUUAGCAGUAAUGGCUAUUCUGGGGUUGAGGCGGCAAGAGAGGCAGUGAGAGUUGGACCACCAGCUAGCUAAGCGCGCCCGCUAUCAAUGCCCAGAAUGGUAUGUGAAAAUUAGAACCAAGUUGAGCGAGGGAGAAUGGAGUCAAAUUUAUUUGCACAUCCUUACUGCUAACCAUGAGAGAGAUCUUUAAUUCCGCAUGCUCUCUUGUUAUUCUUAUUAUUCCACGAUGAAGAAAUAAGACUGCAAUGAUUAUUGAACUCCCAUUGGUAAAUUUAAUGCAUAUUUCUCAUGAUCUGAAA